AUGUCGGAGCAGGCGAAUCGACCACAUAGGAAACAGAAGGAGAAGAAGGCGCCGACAAGCGGGGAGCGAAAUCCGAAGGCGUUUGCGUAUUCAGCGCCUGGUCGACUGGCGAAGCAGGCCGCGCGAUCGCAUGAUGUCAAAGAAAAGCGCCUUCAUGUUCCGCUCGUUGACCGCCUUCCCGAGGAGGCGCCUCCCAUUGUCGUUGGUGUCGUCGGACCUCCGGGUGUAGGAAAGACUACACUGAUAAAAUCGCUUAUCCGUCGAUACACGAAGCAAACACUCUCCACGCCGACUGGGCCCUUAACGGUCGUUACCUCGAAGCGCCGACGCCUCACGUUCAUGGAAUGCCCCGCCGACUCGCUGGCUAGCAUGAUCGACAUUGCGAAGGUGGUUGAUAUAUGCCUGCUCAUGAUUGACGGCAACUAUGGUUUCGAGAUGGAGACUAUGGAAUUUUUGAACGUACUGUCUGCAAGCGGUAUGCCGGGCAACGUCUUUGGCAUUCUGACGCAUCUGGAUCUUUUCCGGAAACAAGAAACACUGAAGCUGCAGAAGAAGAGGUUAAAACACAGGUUCUGGAGCGAACUUUACCAGGGCGCAAAGCUCUUCUACCUCUCUGGUGUGGCCAAUGGACGAUACCCAGAUAGGGAAAUCAUGAAUUUGUCGCGCUUCUUGAGCGUUAUGAAGAAUCCGAGACCCUUGGUCUGGAGAAAUUCCCAUCCGUACUGUCUAGCGGACAGAUUUCUCGACAUCACGCCGCCGACUGAUAUGGAAGCGAAUCCCAAGUGCGAUCGAACGAUAGCGCUGUACGGAUACCUACGUGGGACAAAUUUUCCGGCACAGGGUUCGCGGGUACAUGUGCCAGGUGUCGGUGAUCUAAGCGUUUCCUCAACCGAAGCGCUGCCCGAUCCAUGUCCAACACCCUACUUCGAGAAGCAGAUGGAGAAGGUGACGGGCAAGAAGAAACGAACACGACUUGGCGAAAAGCAGAAGAUACUGUUUGCGCCCAUGUCAGACGUUGGUGGUGUGUUGGUGGACAAGGAUGCCGUUUACAUCGAUGUGAAGACGGCAACAUUCGAUGCGGACGCAGAUCCAGACCAAGAACGCGGGCUCGGCGAGCAGAUGAUGUUGGGUCUACAAGGAGGCAGGAGGUUAUUGGGCGAAGACGAUGCCGGAAUGAGGCUGUUCAGCGGAGGCAAGGCCGUCAACGGGACAGCAGACGACGUUGCAGACUCUGGCCGCAAAGCGCAGCGCCACGCAAGAAUGGCAGAUGAUCAGAACGUUGACGAAGCCGAGCUAGAGGGAGUUGACAGCGAUGACGAAGAACUUCAGCAAGACUACGAGUCCGGAGACGAAGAGGACGAUACCGGUUUCUUGGAUGAUGACUCAAUACCCAACGGCAAACCCGCUUUUGCUCGCCGAAGAGAUUCUGAGCGUAAGGACACGUCGGCCGAUGACAUAGCAUUUGCAGACAGCGAUUCCGACCUUGGUUCGAUAUCAGGCGAAGAGCCAGAUCUAGAUGAGCUUGAGGAUGGCGAUCUUAACUCCGAAGAUUUCGAUGAAGACGAUGAGGAUGGUGCUCUUAGAUGGAAAGAAAAGAUUCGGGAAAAUGCAGCAAAGAUGCACGGUCGGAAGCGAUCGUACCAACCUGCAGAUCUCGCAAAGCUGAUGGAGAACCUGGAACUAUCGCCAGCUGAUGUUCUAAAACAGUGGCGAGGCGAAGACAACGAUGAAGAGGAAGCGGAGGACGAAGACGAAGACGAUUUCUUUAACAAAUCGAAAGUCGAUGAUGCUGCUAAUGCCGAGGAUCGUUAUAUACCCAUUUUUGAUUACGCUGCGUUGGAGGAAAAGUGGGAAGAUGAAGAGAAUAUUGAGGAGCUGAAGAGUAGAUUUGCCGUGGGCCACAUGGAUGGGAAAGGCGGUAGCGGAGACGAUGACGAUGAGUUCGAGGGCUUUGACGGAGAGGAUGAUGAAGGUGAUGGCGAGUUUGAGGAUCUGGAGAGCGGAGAGAAAUUUGGCGGAAAACAGGCCGUUGAAGAAAAUGGUGAUGAAGCAACCGCGAUCGAAGAUGAGCGAGAGAAGAACGCUCGCCGGAAAGAAGAGCUCAAACUUCGGUUUGAGGAAGAGGACCGAGAAGGCUUCAUGAACGACAAAGCCAACGCUCGCAAAGACUCUGGGCAGGAAGAAGAGUUCGGUGAAGACGACUGGUACGACGCUCAGAAAGCCAUCAUUAAAAAACAACUCGACAUCAACCGCGCCGAAUUCGACCAGCUAGACACCGCGUCACGCAUCCGCGUCGAAGGCCACAAAGCUGGAACCUAUGCCCGUAUCGUCCUCGAGCAGGUCCCCUACGAGUUCUCAGCGAACUUCAAUCCUCGCUUCCCUAUUGUAAUCGGUGGCCUCACACCAACAGAAGAGCGCUUUGGCUUCGUCCAGGUCCGCAUCAAACGCCAUCGCUGGCACAAGAAGAUCCUCAAGACCAGCGACCCCCUCAUCUUCUCCCUUGGCUGGCGCCGCUUCCAAGUCACGCCCAUCUAUAGCAUCCACGAGAACAGACAACGGCAUCGCAUGCUCAAGUACACGCCCGAACACAUGCAUUGUCACGGCACGUUCUACGGCCCACUCGUGGCGCCAAACACGGGAUUCUGUUGCGUCCAGUCAUUCAGCAACAAGACGCCAGGCUUUCGCAUCGCAGCCACAGGCGUUGUCCUCUCCGUGGACGAGUCAUUCGAGAUCGUUAAAAAGCUCAAGCUCACCGGGCACCCCUAUAAGAUCUUCAAGAACACAGCUUUCAUUAAGGACAUGUUCCAGUCUGCUCUCGAAGUCGCAAAAUUCGAGGGCGCUUCCAUCCGAACCGUGUCCGGCGUGCGCGGACAAAUCAAGCGCGCACUUUCAAAACCAGAGGGUAACUUCCGUGCGACGUUCGAAGACAAGAUUCUCAUGAGCGACAUCGUCUUCCUGCGCGCCUGGUACCCCAUCAAGCCGCACCGCUUCUACAACCCCGUCACCAACCUGUUAGACGCUGUGCUGUCCCCUGAGGCUGGCGAGUCCACUGCCUGGACUGGCAUGCGUCUGACGGGCCAAGUCCGCCACGAGCUCAGUCUUCCCACACCGUCGCUCAAAAACAGCGCCUACCGCCCAGUCGACCGCCAGGAGCGGCACUUCAACCCGCUCCGCGUGCCGCGCAAGCUCGCUGCCGAUCUACCCUUCAAAUCUCAAAUUGCGCAGAUGAAGCCGCAGAAGAACAAGACGUAUCUGCAGAAGCGCGCUGUAGUGGUGGGCGGCGAGGAGAAGAAGGCGAGAAGGCUGCUGGACCAGGUGAUGACGCUGCGGAACGAGAAGGUGGAGAAGCGGCGGAAGGCGCAGGAGCAGAGGAAGGAGGGGUACAAGAAGAAGAUUGCGGAGAACAUGGAGAAGAAGGCGGAGAGGGAGAAGAGGGAGAAGCAGGAGUUUUGGGAGAGGGAGGGAAAGAAGAGGAGGUAUCAGGAGCAAGACGGCGGCGGUGGUGGGAAGAGACGCAAAUAG